AUGCCUUCUGCAUUACUCCUAGGCAAAAUCUCUAAAAACUCCGUUGCGUCGUUAAUGAGAAAAAAUCCUCCCAAUUUUGUGUUAGGCGCAAAAAGAUUUCACGGUUUGAAGUUUUCGUGUGGUGCUUCCAAAAGCAACGGCCCAAUGAGAACAGGCCGCAUGGCGGUAUCGAAACACGAAACGGGCCCACAAGAUAAUGAGAACAAGGCCCUCGAGACCGUGCUUCAGCUUUACCGAGCGAUUAAAGACAGGAACAGUCGCGAGCUUCCUGAUAUAAUAGCCGAAGAAUGUUCGUGCGUUUCGAAUUUUGUUUCUGCAUUCAGACCUUUUCUUGGUAAGAAGAAAGUGUUGGCUUUCUUUGCCUGGCUGAUGAAAAGCUUGGGGAAUAACAUUGAGUUUGUUGUGCAACAAACCAUUGAUGAUGGCAUGGUUGUUAGUGUAUCAUGGAAACUAGAAUGGAAAAAAGUUCCUUGGCCUCUGGGAAGAGGUUUCAGCUUGCACAUGUGCCAUGUUUACCAGGGAAAGGUGAUGAUCAAGAAUGUGGAGAUGUUCUUGGAGCCAAUCUUUCAUAUGGAGCCCCUUAGGCUGAAAGUACUCUCCAUGGUGAUGAAGGCCAUGGAAAAGCUCAAUCCCAAGGCUCUGUUUAAGAACAAGACAAGAAGAACCAUUGCUUUUUUCCUCUUACUUCUGUUGGCUGUUGCAGUUUUAUUUUUACUACAUAGUUAA